UCCGUCGUAGGCGCCGCGCAAGGUUAGCGUGUCUGGGUGACGUCAUCGGACAACGGAAAACGUCAUUUUUAGAGCAACAGAGAAAGAUGCCGAAGAGCUGCGUGGUCCCGGAGUGUAGACGAGCGGAGACGGGCCUGGAAAGUUAUUAUAAGUUUCCUUUACAUGACAAGGUGCGUCUCAAGCAAUGGCUGACAAAUAUGAAUCUGGAAAAUUUCUUCCCCACGAAGAGCCUGUAUCUUUGCAGCAAGCACUUCAAACAGUCUUGUUUCCAAACACGUUGGGGUGCCCGCUACCUCCGACACGACGCCGUACCCACCAUUUUCUCCUCCAGCCUGGUGGCCUCGAGCAAGACACAAGUGUCUAAGUCCAAAACAGUAAAUUCCACGCUGAGUCUAGGAGAUGAAGUCUGCCUCCCCACUGUUUCACCUUUGGUCAUUGGCGAGACCCAGGUUCUUCCAGACACUUUGAUGAUUGCAGUAGAUCCAAAUUCAUCCACUGGUCCGAUAUCCUUAGAUGGAGCAGCGGUUCUGGUGAAGAACACUGACCCCACUGGAGUCAUAGGUGCAGUAAAUUUGGUACCACUAGUUCAUUUUGUUGAGUCCUUUGAUGGGUUGUCAUUGGCUCUGGCGCCAAAUCAAGGCUUCCAGUCUGUAGCUUUACCCAUUCAGGUGACAGGAGGAAACCAGAUACAACAGAUUGGACCAGUUGGCUUCUUGUCUCAAGAACACAUUGCAACCACAACAUUACAGCAAAAUUAUUACGAUGGCCAAGUCUUACAGUCUGUAGUCCCUGCUAUUGUCCAGAUGACUGGAGAGUCUAAUCCUGGAAACUCAGCAGUAGAAAACAUCUCCAUCGAGCCCUUUUUUGAAGCCGGGUUACCCGCACCACCCCCAGCCACAAUGACCACAGAGGCUGUGAUGUCCUACUUAGAAACCAUGCAGACAGCCACACUUGUUCCUGUCCUGCCUUCUGGUCCUCUACCACCACUGAUACCUUCUCAAGAGACCAUAUUGUCAUGCUCUGCAGCCAGCCCCAUAGUCUCCACUGUUCCUAUAGUGUCAAAACACAGCAAGGAGGUGUCAUCUGGUCAUGGGUCGCAAGUACUCGCCAUGGAACCAUCAAAGGGACCAGAUGGGCUUGCAGAAACGUCAUCCACUGCCGAACUGGUCUCUGUGGUUAUGAACCUGCAGAAGAAAGUAACGACUCUUCAGCAGCGGCAUCAGAAACACUGCACCAAGCUGGAGGUCAUGGAAGGUGUCGUUGACCAGCUGAAGAAGGAGAACUUGAUUUCAGAAGAUAAACUAAACUUUUUGGACCUGGCCCGUCUGAACUCCGCUCCUGUACAGGCAGAAGGGGCAGAGACCAUUGCUAUUCUCUGUGACGAUGAGGACCAAGCCUUGCUGUACUCUCUGCCCUUCCAGGGUGAAAACCAGUCAAUCCUACGCAUCACCAAGCAGUGACCGGAUGUACCCUCUUAUCUUCCACCGUAAUGAAUUCCUUAGGUUCUCUAAUCAGUGUGUUGGUCGGUGGGAGGACCUUCUUUGUCGUCAUAUCGGAAUGAUUUUGUAUAUGGCUUUUCAUGUGAAAACGCUAUUUGUAUAGCUAUUUUAUGUUUUGCGCUCGUUUUGUCUUUGAGUGUUUCAUUGCUGUAGUUCUGUCUGUAGGUUGUGGCGGACAAGACCCCAUAAACUGAUGACACUA